GUGGAGCGGCUCCGCGCUCGUCAACGGCGUAUGCAUCCCAUCAACCAGCGACAAGAUCACUCGGUCCGAAGCUCCAGAGCAGCCAGUUUGGACGAGCACGAAGGCCGAAGGCGCAAAAUCUCAGCGAAUUGGAGCCGCAAGCAGGAGCACAAUAAAUCGCACGACGACGGCAACUGGCCCCUGCCCGCCGGCACGGAGAUGCACAUGGGCUACAACGCCUUCGACUUCUCAACGUGCCCCGAAGCC